AUGUCCAUCAAACGGGCCUUGUCCAAGGCCAUCCGUGGGCAUGUCCCCGAGGAUGACUCGUCCGGCUCAUUUAUUCGGUCCCCGCUGUCAUCCAAGCCACGCACCUCGACCUCGCGCGAGUCCCAUUCCCCCACCGCAUCCCCGCGUCGCAGUAUCUUGGGCAACUUCUUCCGCGAAAAGGACUACAUUUCGUCCUCCGACGACUUCUCCGAUGAUUCCUCGGCCACGGGUGCCCUCAGUAAGAAUCAGCAGAAACGAUUGGUGCGCCAGCAGCGUCGUAAUGAGCGCUCCCGUCUUAGUGAAGAGCAGUUCUCCGAGUCGGAUCACCGGCGAAAAGAGGAAGAGCUCACAAAGGCCGUUGCGGAAGAAACGGCAGACAUGAAGGCCCGCUAUGGCGAUCUGCCGCUGAUGCAGUCACAGGAUCGACCGCGGGAGGAGCGUGUCGCACUGGAGGACAUCACUGCCUCCAUGGAGGGUCAAGAGAUCUACUUCACGGCCCGGCUGCACGUCGUGCGCCGCAUGAGUGCCAAGCUGGUCUUCCUGGUUUUCCGCCAACAACUGGCGACUUUCCAGGGUGUCCUGCAUGAGCGGGCGGGGAUCUCCUCUAUUGCGAUGAUCCAAUGGGCCGAACAUCUGCGCGUGGGGUCAUUCCUCCGCGUUCGCGGUACCAUCCAGAAGCCCGAAGUCCCGGUCUUGGGUUGCAGUAUCCAUAAUGUCGAGUUGGCGAUCGACUCAGUGCAUCUACUCGUCAAACGCGAGGAGCCGGUACCUUUCAGUGUCUACGAAGCGGAGAUCCGCACCACCGAGGAGGACAAAGCCGAAGGCCGACGCAGCCAUAUUCCCGACCGGACCCGACUGAGCAAUCGUCUGCUCGACCUGCGCACAGCAACUUCACAGUCCAUCUUCCGGCUCCAGUCGGCCACUUGCAACCUCUUCCGAGGUGCUCUGGACGAGCACGGCUUCAUCGAGAUCCAUACCCCGAAGCUACAGGGAGCCGCGACUGAGUCGGGGGCGAGUGUUUUCCAGGUCAAUUACUUCGGUCGAUCUGCGUUCCUGGCUCAGUCCCCUCAGUUGGCGAAGCAGAUGGCCAUCGCAGCCGACUUUGGUCGCGUAUAUGAAAUCGGUGCUGUCUUCCGUGCGGAGAACUCCAACACCCAUCGUCACUUGACCGAGUACACUGGUUUGGAUAUUGAAAUGGCGAUUGAGGAACACUACCAUGAGAUGCUCGAGACCCUUGAUGCUACAAUCAAGAACAUUCUGAGUGGCGUCUACACGAAGUAUCGCCGAGAGAUUGAUCUUGUCAAGCACCAAUUCCCCUCGGAGGAUGUGGUAUGGUUGGAAAAGACGCCCAUCAUCCGCUUCAGUGAUGGUAUCCAAAUGCUCAAUGACUCGGGCUGGCGCAACGAGGAUGGUAAGCCCUUGCCUCUUGACGAAGACUUGGCAACCCGGGAUGAGGUGCGUCUGGGAGAACUUGUCAAAGAGAAAUACGGCACGGACUAUUACGUUCUUGACAAGUUCCCCCGGGGUGCCCGUCCUUUCUACACCAUGCCCGAUGCCGAGGAUGACAAGUACACCAACUCAUUUGAUAUGUUCAUUCGCGGUCAGGAGAUCGUGUCCGGCGGCCAGCGUAUCCAUGACCCUCAUAUGCUCGAGGACAAUAUGCGCAAGUUUGGCAUUAAUCCUGACGACAUGGAAGAGUAUCUGGAAGCUUUCCGUUGGGGUGCUCCACCUCACGCUGGUGCCGGUGUUGGUCUGGAGCGUUUGCUGAUGCUCCUGCUCCAAGUCGGAAACAUCCGUCUCACCUCCAUGUUCUACCGUGAUCCCAAGAGCUUCCCUGCCAAGCCUGCCGUUCAGCAACUGCGUCACCCCGAGGCAUCAACCCUUGAACCGCCUUGGGUGCGUGAGAAGACCUCACGGGUGGCCACCGAUACUAGCGAGCUACAGCCACUCGAAAAGUUAGUUGCCAAUUACGGUGAUGCCACCUCCACGUCCUGGUUCGAUGAGCGGUUUAAGAUCUGGCGUGAUAUGAGCACCGGCGCCGCCGUCGCCUAUGUGCCCAGCAGCAGCAACUACGCCAUCAUCCCGGGCAAUCCGCUUUGUGACCCAGCCCAGUACACUCGUACCAUCACUCAGUUCCUGCAGUGGCUACGUCGGGAUACCAAGUACAAGCCAGUCUGGCUGCUCUGCUCUCCAGAAGUUGAGACCAUUCUUGGCGAGCGAUUGGGAUGGCGCAGCCUGUCCUGCAUUGCUGAGGAACGCGUUGAUCCAUCCCGUAACCAAGCUGCAUCGGAUGGCGAGCUUGCUCGCAAACUGCGCCGUGCAGAGUCUGAGGGCAUCAAAGUCGUUUCUUUGAACAUGGGCGAACUCCCAUCUGAGGAUAUCCGAAAGAAGAUCGACGAGCGUAUCCAUGAAUGGCUCUCUAACCGCAAGGGCACUCAAGUGCACCUAUCUGAGAUUCGACCUUGGGUUGACUCCGAACACAAAUGGUAUUUUUACGCCCUAGACAAGAGCGGUACCAUCUGCGCCUUUGUCGCCCUGGCUAUGCUCUCUCCAACCCACGGUAUGCAGGUCAAGUACAGUCUCGACUUCCCGAAUUCGCCCAGCGGUGUCAUCGAGUACAUUGUCUCGCAGGCCAUCCAGACCGCCGGGAAGAGUGGCAUCAAGGGCCUGACCUUCGGCGCCGGCGCCACCAGCCAGCUCACUCCCGGCCACAACUUGCACGGCGCCAAGAUUAAAAUGUUGGAACACACUUACGAGGCACUUGCUAAACAAUUCCACCUCGUGCGGAAGAGUGAGUUCCGUGCCAAGCUCGGUGCUACCGAGGAGCCGUUGUACAUCUCCUACCCGGCCCAUGGUCUAGGAUCGAAGGGCAUCCGAGCUGUGCUCAACUUCUUCGAAGACUAA